CCUGGCACCAGCACUCUCCACUUGGCUCCGUGGCUGUGAAGAAUGGCCAUGGAAGAUCCUGACACAAAGACUGAAGUGGUACUGCUGGCCUGUGGCUCCUUCAAUCCCAUCACCAACAUGCACCUGAGGCUGUUUGAGCUGGCUAAAGACUACUUCCAUGAAACAGGAAAAUACAAAGUAAUCAAAGGCAUCAUUUCACCAGUGGGUGAUGCAUAUAAGAAGAAAGGUCUGAUCAGUGCAGAUCACCGAGUGGCUAUGGCAAAACUGGCUACAAAAAACUCAGAUUGGGUGGAAGUUGAUGAUUGGGAAAGCUGCCAGAGCGAGUGGCUGGAAACAGUAAAGGUUUUAAGGCAUCAUCAUCAAAAGCUUUUAUCUGCUGGUGUCAGUAAUAGUCUGCAGGAUGCUGUACCCAUAACAAAGCUGGGACGGAAGAGAAAACAGGAACCAAAUAGGCACGAGCCCAUUAAAAAGAAAAGUCAGAGUCCAGCUGUAAAAAGUGUCCCACAGGUUAAACUGCUCUGUGGAAGUGACAUGCUGGAAUCUUUUGGGGUCCCCAAUCUGUGGAAGUUGGAGGACAUCGCCGAAAUUGUGGAAAAACACGGCCUUGUGUGCAUCAGUAGGGCUGGAAACAACGUCCAGAAAUUCAUCUACGAGUCUGACAUUUUGUGGAGACAUAAGAACAACAUCCACCUGGUGGAGGAGUGGAUCACAAAUGACAUUUCCUCCACCAAGAUCCGGAGGGCCCUGCGGAGGGGCCAGAGCAUUCGUUACCUGGUGCCUGACGUGGUGCGGGCGUACAUCGAGCAGAACGCGCUGUACGGCGCCGAGAGCGAGGACAGGAAUGCAGGGCUGCUCCUGGCGCCCCUGCAGAAACACGCCAGUGACCCGGGGGCUCGCAGGCGCUGAGCAGCUGGCUGCUGGGGGAAGAGCUGCAUUUCAGAACAACAAACUGUGUUUUCCAGGGCUUGGCUGGGGGUUUUUCUUAGGUACGUAGUGGGCUAAUUGUGUACGUGUGUAGUUGGUAAUGAGGUUUGGUGCACUCAGUGAUUGGACCUACCUAACCUUUUUCAAGUUCGGUGGUAAGAUUUUCACAUUUUAAUGUUUUGUCCCAGUGCACUGAAAUGAGUAUAAGAAUUCACGUUUGUAUGUGAAAAUUGCAAAUGUGUAAGCAAAACAAAUGAAAAUGUUCUGAUUAGUUUUAACUCAGACUACUUUGUUGUUUAUAAAACAAUAACACAAAUAUUUUUAAUAACUUAGUGUCUUAACAAAGUUACCUGGUUUCAAGAAGUACCAUUUACUUGGAGUAAAUCUAUGUAAAUUUUUUUUUAAUUGUCAGCAUGUGGUUCACCCCAAAAAAUUAUUUAGCUCUAUCCUGGAAAGGAAGAAUUUCCUCUUGGCUGAAGAGGUUCUAGGUAUAGCAUGCUUUGAGCUGCUUGCCUUUGAGAUAUGCAGCUGCUUGUUUGCUGUUGUGCAGUUUGCUUCCAGAAAUGUCUUGUACUUGACUUUUCUAUUCAAGUUUCCAGGGCUGUAAUGUUAAGCUCAGUAUUGUUUCUGAUGGAAGGACAAACCUACUUCAAGAACUGAUUUAAAGCCAUUGAUUUAAUAGAUAGAAAUUAAUAAUAGUGUCAUUGCACUGAUUCUCAGACACUUGUCCCUUUAUUACAAAUAAUACAUCUAUUUCAUAUAAUAAAGUAUCUUUUACUUUUGAGCCAUAAGUAGAAUAUAAUUAUAUAUAGCCAGAAUUGUUUUCUGUUACUAGAGAGAAAAUGGUAGGAUAUCAAUACUGACCAUAAGUGAAAUAUUUUUCUUUGCUAGAAAUCUGAUUUUGAAUCUAACAGUGUAUUGUUUGUAUUGUAUGAACCUAAGCUGAGAGGCACUGUGACUGUUGUGGUGAUGGAAUUCUAUCUCCCUUUAUUUGUUGCUAUCUCAUUUUUGU